AUGAAUAAUAAAUCAUUAGUUAGUACUACUGGUAAAUUUUAUAAUGACGCCACAAGUGGUACCACAGGCAAACCAAAAGGUGUUAUAUUGACUCAUGAAAACAUUUCCACUCAAGUGGAAAUAUUAACAAAAGCCUGGAAGUGGAACGAAAACGAUACAAUUUUGCACACGCUGCCACUUCAUCAUGUGCACGGCAUCAUUAACGCCUUAUUUUGCCCCCUAUCAAUUGGUGCAACAACCAUAAUGAUGCCCAAAUUUAACUCAAAAGAAACUUGGCAACACCUACUUAGUGGACAAGUGACAGUUUUCAUGGCCGUGCCUACUAUUUAUGCCAAACUAAUUGACAGCAGCGACUCUGUCAAAAAAAAAUUGACAGCUGUAAGAUUGAUGGUAAGCGGCUCUGCACCGUUGCCAGUUCCUCUCUACAACAAAUGGCUUGAAAUUACCGGCCAUAGAUUACUAGAGCGUUAUGGUAUGACCGAAAUAGGCAUGUGCUUGUCGAAUUUGUACGACUCUGACCGAGAGCCUGGUUAUGUGGGCCUGCCUUUACCCUCUGUAACUGUUGCAAUUGCCAAUGAUAAUGGAGAGAUUUUAUUGCAAUGUAGCAACAUUAAUGGUGAAAUUACAGUAACAAAUAAUCAACCAAUUACAGGUGAAUUAUUGGUUAAAGGUGAUAGCGUUUUCAAAGAAUACUACAACAAACCAACAUCUCAAGAAUUUCAAAAUGGCUGGUUUAAAACCGGCGACAUCUGUCAAUAUAUAAACAACAAAUUCCGUAUGCUCGGCCGCAAAAGUGCUGACAUAAUCAAAUCGGGCGGUUAUAAAAUAAGCGCCCUUCAAAUUGAAACGAUUCUAGUCGAGCACCCUAGCGUCAAAGAGUGCGUCGUUUUCGGUUUGACUGAUGACGUAUACGGCGAACGGGUGACAGCUGUCAUUGUGCCUACUACUACUGGACAAUUGACGUUGCAAGAGUUGAAAGCGUGGGCCACUGAUAAGAUGCCGAAAUAUUGGAUUCCGAGUUUGUUGAAAGUGGUCGAGGAAAUUCCGAAAAAUGCCAUGGGGAAAAGACACUUGUAA